CCCCCACCGCUAUGAAUUCCAAGCAUAUCUAAAAUCCUAUAAUCUCUAAUGCAAGUCUUCACUGUGGUAACAAGAUCGUAUCUCUCUGUUAGCCUUUUGUACAAGCCGUUUAAAAAACUAGGGAAACCUGAAAAAACGCGUCCUCUACUGUUGUGGAGGUCCAGUGACUAUUCACCUCUCUCUUUCUCUCUCUCUCUCCCUCCCUCAUUCACACAGAUCCAGUUUCUUGGAUAGUGUUUGUAUCCUGAAUGGGCUGCGGUGAUGUCAUUGUAAACUUCACUCAGUCCUCAUUCAGACGCGGAGUGUUCUACUGUUCAUUCUGAUAAUCGAAACUCACAGAGCUCCUUUAGAACUUUACCCAUCCGGGAAAUAGAGUUUUAAAGAAACUUAACUUUGAGCAUCGUAAAUAACAAAGCAAUUCACUGACAGAUCUACAACAAGCCCUUGUCGGCGAGGGCGAGUGGGAUACUUACAAAAUGAACCGGAGUUUUAAUAAAUCUCAGACCUUGCGGUAUUUGGACUGUACUGCGGUGGAAGUAAAAAGCAAGUAUGGGGCAGAAUUCAGAAGAUUCUCCUUGGAUCGAUUCAAACCUGGCAAAUUUGAAGAGUUCUACAAGCUCAUUCUUCACAUUCACCGGUUAUCCAACAUUGAGGUCAUGCUCGGCUAUGCUGACGUCCACGGAGAUCUGCUACCCAUUAACAACGAUGACAACUUCUGCAAGGCUGUCUCCAUGGCCAACCCCUUGCUUAGGGUCUUCAUACAGAAACAAGAGGAAGUCGACUACAGCAGUUUCGGCACCAACACCCUGACGAGGCGGAAGAAAGCAGUGGUGACCCUCCGCAACGAUGUCAACCGCAAGCGGCCGCACAUCAGCAUCAGCAUGCCACAGGACUUCCGUCCUGUGUCCUCUAUCAUUGAUGUGGACAUUCUGCCCGAGACCCACCGACGGGUACGUCUCUACCGCCACGGCUCUGACAAGCCUCUGGGCUUCUACAUCCGGGAUGGCACCAGUGUGCGGGUCACCCCGCACGGUCUGGAGAAGGUGCCGGGCAUCUUCAUCUCGCGCAUGGUUCCGGGCGGGCUGGCGGAGAGCACGGGGCUCCUGGCGGUCAACGACGAGGUGCUGGAGGUCAACGGCAUUGAGGUGACGGGCAAGACCUUGGAUCAGGUGACAGACAUGAUGAUAGCCAACAGCCAUAACCUCAUCAUCACCGUGAAGCCUGUCAACCAGCGCAACAACAUCAUCCGCAGCAGCUGCACCUCCGGCAGCUCGGGCCAGUCCACAGACAGUGGCAGCUCCACCGGCCACCACAGCCUGCCGCCCCCCUCCGGCCUCAACCAGCACCUUCUUCAGAACUUCCACCCGGACGACAUGGACAGCGACGAGGAGGCCGAUAUUGUCAUCGAGAGCAGCCUCAAGCAGCCCAAGAAAACGGCGACGCCUCCUCCGAAACCACUGUCCCAACGUUCUUCUUCCAGAGGCCAGCUCCCAACGCCACCCAGUCCCCCACGGCCUCCCUCCACCAUCUCCAACGCCUCCACCUCUAUUGUACAGUCCCACCCCAGCAACGGCAACAACAACCUGAGCUUCAGACUGCACAAGGAACUCUCUCUCCAGCACCACAGCAACAGGGGAUCCAUCAGCAGGGAAAGCAACGGCAGCCUCCAUAAAAUCCUCAAUAGCUUGAGGACAGACCCCAGACACAGCCUUGUCCUGCCCAGAGGAGGAGUGGAGGAGGACGGCACCGUUAUCACACUUUAAAUUUUUUUUGUGGAUGCUCUUAAUUCUUGUAUCUCCUCUGUCUGUCUUACAGAAAAUCAAAUUUGAGAGACAAUAAUUAAGGUAUAAUAAAAAAAAAUGUACACUGUGUAAUUUAAAGCUAAGAGGUGGGUUGGCGCUCCCGUUUAUGAGGGGACCACAAUUUCCCUGUGGAGAAGAUUAACAGGUUUUGACCUUUUUUGUGAUUUCCAAGGACAUUUUGCUGCUAUAAUGGUUGAUAUUCCCAAUAGUCCAUUGUAAACUUAAAUUGAGAAUUGUUUUCAUUUUAAAAUAUACAGUAGAUGCUUCUUAAUUGCACAUGGAAUUUAAUCAAACAAUACAGCGUCCAUAUGAUUUCUCUCUGCUGAAAUCCAAUCACAUUUUGUGUAUGUGUUUUAAUUUAAGGGAUUACCAAAGUUUUGUGCUUGAAACUUGCCUUUUUACGUUUUGAAGUUUGAUUGAGUAGCUACAGGGAGUAGCACAGGGAAAACAAUGUAAGUCGUGUAAAGACGCAUUGUAUUUAAAUAACCACUCAUGCUAAUUUUCAUAUAGCCCUUUUAAAAAAAGCAACCAUCAAGAACAUAAUUAUAUUUACUCUAUUCACAAGAAUACAGUACUGUAUUGUACACCAAUACUACUGCCACCUAUUUACUACUGAUUAGUCAGAUCAAGAACAGCCAUUUAUAAUAAUGUUUUAAUGUUUUUAUGCAGAAAUGUAAAAGGAGAGAAAUUAUUUGAAGAAAAAAUAGAAUGAAAUGUUUUCUUCAUUUCCUGAUGUUUGGGACAGUCUCUUGCACAGUGCUUUACACAUAUUGAUGCUGAGGUUAAACAAUAGGUAUAACACUGAUGAAGGCAGUCACAUUCGUCAUAUUCAUUUAGUUUCUUAUAGUUUUACUGCUGAUGCUGAACAUAUAACACGGAAUCAUGCUUUCCAUGUCGUCGGAACUAAACGGUUUCAAUGACCGAACGCCAGAAAAACUCAAAGGGCCAGAUACAUCACAUGCUUUAACCAUAAUGCGUAUUUGCAUAUUCUUUCAUGAAAGGAAAAUAAAUGUGCUUAUGUUACAUAACUAGUAUUAUUAUUAUUUGUUUAUUUAGCAGACACCUUUAUCCAAGGCAACUUACAGAGACUAGGGUGUGUGAACUAUGCAUCAGCUGCAGAGUCACUUACAACUACGUCUCACCCAAAAGACGGAGCACAAGGAGGUUAAGUGACUUGCUCAGGGUCACACAAUGAGGCAGUGGCUGAGGUGGGAUUUGAACCAGGGACCAUUUUCUUUAACCACUGGACCACACAGGUAACAAACAAUGUUGCCUAUUGUUUUCCUGUCCUUUAAAAUUAAUCUUCAAAUGUCUUUGUUACUAGUUUUGUAACAAAUAUUUUAUAUAACAAAAACUGAUGCAAAUUGCAUUUGGGUAUAAACGCCUUGUGCAAUAAGGCAAACUGCCUUCCCUCACCUAAGGCAGAGGUGUGCAAUUAGGUGGCUUCUACUGCUGUUUCUGAAGUAUGGCUGUGGAGUUUUUUUUUGGGGGGGG